CCCCUUUGGUUCCGGGACAAAAUACCGAUGCAAAAUUAUUGUUUUGUGAAAAAGGGCCUUCCUUUAUUAUACCCCUUUGACCCUUCUUCUUUUCUCUCAUCCCCCUUUUCCACUGUCACGCACACCACCAAAACCAAACCAAACCCAACCCCAACCCCCUUUCCCCUUCAUUUUAGUUUUCAGGUCAUGAUUCGAAGGCAGGAGUGUUCUUCAUAUUGUGUGCUGCUCGAUGAAUUUUCUCAAAUCUGAUUUGCUUUAAUCCAACUCUUUCUUACCUCUAAUGGCCCCAAAAACGGCUUCCAAGCCUUCUGCAACUGAUCCAAAGUCCUUAACUGAGCCAGUUAUCUCUGGAGAUGUAUUGAACUCCACGCAGAGAUCCUUGAAUCAGUGUACUUUGAGUGAUUCAUCAAGCACCAAAGAGAUCACAUUGACCCAGCGAGAUCCUGCGCUUACCGGGACUCGGGGUGUAGCAGAGGACUCUGUGGAACCUGAAAAGAAGACAUCAGAAUGUGAGAGUGGGAAGGAUACAAACAGUGUUGCUAAGAGCAGUGGAAGUGGUAAGAUUAGUAACUGUGUGGAGAUGGUUGAGAGUGGGAAGAGCAGCGUGUGUCGGGGUAGCACGAGCAGCGAUAUCAGCGAUGAAAGCAGCUGUAGCAGCUUUAGUAGUAGCAUCAGUAAGCCUCACAAGUCGAAUGACUUGAGAUGGGAGGCCAUCCAAGCUGUCCGUGUAAGGGAUGGGAUUUUGGGAUUAGGCCAUUUUAGACUGUUGAAGAGACUAGGUUGUGGCGAUAUCGGAAGCGUCUACUUGUCGGAGUUGAGCGGUACUAAAUGUUACUUUGCAAUGAAGGUCAUGGAUAAAGGGUCUCUAGCGAGUCGAAAGAAGUUGCUUCGUGCUCAGACCGAACGAGAAAUACUGCAAUCUCUUGAUCAUCCAUUCCUGCCUACAUUGUAUACUCAUUUCGAAACUGAUAAGUUCUCAUGCUUGGUGAUGGAGUUCUGCCCUGGGGGAGACUUGCACACUCUAAGGCAGAGACAGCCCGGGAAGCAUUUUCCCGAACAGGCCGUGAAAUUUUAUGUAGCAGAGGUCCUCCUAGCACUUGAGUAUCUUCACAUGCUCGGGAUCGUAUACCGGGACCUCAAGCCCGAGAAUGUUCUCGUGAGGGAGGAUGGACACAUAAUGCUUUCAGAUUUUGAUCUUUCCUUAAGAUGUGCUGUUAGUCCAACCUUGGUUAAGGGCUCGUGUUCGGAGUCCGAGGCGUUGAGAAAGAAUUCAGUUUAUUGUGCUCAACCGGCUUGUAUCCAACCUUCCUGCAUUCAGCCAUCCUGUGUAGUUCCCACCAUGUGCUUCUCUCCCAGGCUUUUCUCUAGCAAGUCAAAGAAGGAUAGGAAACCCAAGAUUGAAAUAGGAAACCAGGUAACGCCAUUGCCAGAGCUCGUUGCAGAGCCUACGGAGGCAAGGUCAAUGUCGUUCGUUGGUACACACGAGUACUUGGCGCCCGAGAUCAUUAAAGGCGAAGGUCAUGGAAGUGCUGUUGACUGGUGGACAUUUGGGAUCUUUCUAUAUGAACUGUUGUUUGGUAAAACUCCUUUUAAGGGAUCUGGGAAUCGAGCGACGUUGUUCAACGUCGUCGGUCAGCCUUUACGGUUCCCUGAAUCACCAGUUGUUAGUUUCGCUGCGAGAGAUCUCAUCAGGGGAUUGCUUGUCAAGGAACCACAGCAUAGAUUAGCUUACAAACGAGGAGCAACUGAGAUCAAACAACACCCCUUCUUUGAAGGUGUCAACUGGGCAUUGAUACGAUGCGCUUCGCCACCGGAAGUACCAAAGCCUGUCGAGAUCGAGCGGAUACCCUCACCAACACCUCCAGUCAGUGGAAAAACUGUAAUGGCUAGACCUGGCCCUGACUCCAAAUCAUCUGAUAAUUAUCUGGAGUUUGAUUUCUUUUAGUAACGAGACAAUACUUGUUCUUGCCUGUCAACAAUUUCAAUUUUCAGUUUGCAGAAGUAAUGGUUUGUACUUUUUGUCAUCUAAAGCUUGAGAAUAGUUCACAUAAGGUCAGUGGAUCAGAAGAAGAUUGGGAUUUAACCACCAAAACACCUCCAAGAUACGAAUUCACUGCGGCGAUGUUCUUUCUUCAUGAUCUUGAAAUUUGUAGAACAAGAAGAAGAACAAGAAGAUGAUGAUGAUGAAGAUGAAUCAAUCACUUGGCAGGUGGAUUCCUUUCCUUCUUCUUCACAUAUGAUUUUCACAUCACAAAAUUCUUCUGCAUUUUUCAGUAUUUGUUUGGCUAUUCCUUCUCUCUUCGAUCUCCAUUUUCUUGUAUGAUCCAGAAUUCACAAACUCUCAGCACAGAGAUUAAGAACAUUUGAACAUUUAGGUUUUGAAA